AUGACAAUCCUUGCAUCAAUUUGUAAAUUAGGUAACACCAAAUCAACUUCAUCCUCAAUUGGAUCAAGUUAUAGUAGUGCUGUUUCAUUUGGUUCUAACUCAGUAUCAUGUGGAGAAUGUGGUGGUGAUGGACCAUCAUUUCCAAAUGCAUCACCAAGAACUGGUGUAAAAGCUGGUGUUAAUGUUGAUGGAUUAUUAGGUGCAAUUGGAAAAACAGUUAAUGGUAUGUUAAUUUCCCCAAAUGGUGGUGGUGGUGGUAUGGGUAUGGGUGGUGGUAGUUGUGGUUGUAAUUAA